AUGUCUCCCUCUAAAAUUUUGGCAGAUGAGUCUCUUCCGGUUGGGUACCGACUUCGCCCUACCAACGAAAAACUCAUCAAUCACUAUUUGAUGUUGAAGAUCAGCGGCGAUGAGAAGCAAGAGUCUCUUCCGGUUGGGUACCGAUUUCGUCCUACCGACGAAGUACUCAUCAAUCACUAUCUGAAGUUGAAGAUCAAUGGCAAUGAGAAGCAAGUCAGUGUUAUUCGAGAGAUUGAUGUCUGCAAAUGCGAACCCUGGGAUUUGCUUGAUAAAUCGGCAAUAAAGACGAAUGAUGAAGAGUGGUUCUUUUUCUGUCCUAAAGAUCGCAAGUAUCAGAAUGGGCAUCGAUUGAACAGAGCGACUGUGGUUGGGUACUGGAAGGCCACGGGUAAGGAUAGUUCUAUCAGGUCUCUGAGGGAAACCACUGUUAUUGGCAUGAAGAAGAAUUUGGUUUUCUAUGCGGGUCGUGCUCCGAAUGGCCAGAGGACUAAUUGGGUAAUUCACGAGUACCGCGCAACUAGAUUCCUGGUGACUUGGGAGGCCUCUCCUCUCUUGAUCUUCGAUUCCACCACCAACUCGUCGGCGUUGGCGUCGGCGUCGGCGUCAUCCACUCCGCCGACAGCCUGUGAUCGCCGACUUCCACUACCGUGUUGCCGUCUCCGUCGCCGUCCUCGCCAAAACAAACCCCCCUCUCUCUCUUCUCCUCAACUCCAACUCCUCACCUCCGUCGCUGCCUUGCCACCGACUCAUCACCAAUCGUCGAUCGAAGAACCACCGCUUGUAUCGGCGGCGGUGUUGAUAUCAUCAGCGCCUGUGACAUUAGUCGUCGCGAUCGCUGAAUUGGCGAUGUGA